AUGACUUGGAUCUCUAAAUCAAUUACGGGCCUCGGCUUGCUGUUUCUCACGCACGCCUGCUAUUCUGCCCACGAACACUCGGCCCUACAAUCUACAGGAACUGCCCACCUAUCCUCUAUCUCCUCUCACGCUACAACUACUGCCUCUCUUCCAAUCGACAUAUCUAUCGAGACCAUAGUGUCGAUUUUUAUUGUUUGCCUUGGCUUAGUAUUGGGCACACCAGAAUUACGACCUAUACAAUGGCGGGUUUGGGCAGGUAAAAUUGAGCGAGAGGGAGCGAAAGGUUUUAUGAACGCGGAUGGUGAGGUGGAUAAAGAUUUUGUUGGAAACCCCUUCAGAGUUCUUGAGAGUCGACCAAGCUUCAUAGACAUCAGAAGGCAAAGACACGAGUUUGCGGAGUGGAUCAGAGAAGGAGGAGAACAAAUUCCAGCAAAAGAAUUAUAG